GAAUCCAAUGUCAACAGCCAGAUUCUUGAAGGCAAACGUUGCCCAUCCAAAGCAGUGUAUUCGAACUGAAACGGCAUUCGGUUAGAUCAUCCGUUCCAUUCAACUAAAUUCGAGUUUUUUUCAUUUGCAAAGGAUAUAGAUACAUCGCGAGAGGGAUUCGGCAAUGGCCCACAUGGAGCACAAUCGUCGCAAUGCCCGCGCAGAGGGCAUGGGUCUUGGUGGUGGCGAUGCGGACAACAGUGCACUGAUGCGCCGCACCACCGCACCACCGUUAGCGGUGCAGCACGCAAGAACUGAGCCGAUGGUGGUGGAGCCACCGGUGGAAGCUUCCCUUCGCUCGACGAGGCCAUCCAGCCAGCAGCAGCCCGUUGAUCGCGAUCGGUUGGCCAACCCAGAGCAAAGCUGUCGCGGAUCGGUUGCCGAAUCAGCACAUCCAUGCAGCCAACUUCCAGUUCAUGACCGACCCAAUCAGCUGGUGCGCUUUUGUCUGCGCCUGGGCUACAAUGCGCUGCUGUAUCCGUACGAGAUGGCCAAGGUGCUCAUCCAACUGGGCCAUGAGCCGCUCCAGGCGAGCCCCUUCCAGUUGCGGCUGAUUCAACAGCGGCCCCGCCUCUUCCUGCCCAGUGUCCAUCGGUAUGUGCAGCACAUCCAGCAAAUAGAUGGCUACUCGGGUAUGUAUCGCGGGUUGCCGGCUCGCCUGGCCGCCAGCAUAGUGGACUAUUUGCUUGGCGAUCUUCUGCUGGCUGCCCUGCACUUUGCUCCCUACAAGAGAGGCCCCGGCGAGGGACUGAGCCUCAAGGAGUUCUGGUGGAACCUGACCAGGGACAGCCUGCGCCUGGCCAUCGCAGUGGUCAUAACGCAACCCUUCUACGUGGUCAUGGUGCGCCAGAUAGCCCAGUUUGUUGGUCGCGAACGCGUCUAUGUGGGACUCUUUGGCAGCCUGAUGACUCUUGCCAAGCAGCAGGGAUGUGCCGGACUGUUAGCAGGCGUGGUGCCCCGCCUACUGGGCGAGUGGAGCGUCCUUGUCGUGACCAGCGCUCUGAGUCACCUGUGCCGUCGCCUCCUGCCCAUUAGCCACACCCAGCAGCAGUACAAUGCCGUGGUCAUCCAGAUGAUGGCCAGCCUAGUGGCCUAUCCACUGGAGGUUACCUCCGCCUGCAUGGCUGGAGCCGGAGCACCAUUGGCCGCCUGUGAGCCGCCAAGCAUGCCGCUCUACCACCACUGGGUCGACUGCCUCUCGGAUCUCUACGCCCGCGGUGGGCAAAACCGCGGGGCCAUCCUCUUUUGGCGCACGGUGCCCAGGAUCCAGUUGCUGCGCCACAAGGAUGGUCACUCUGCCAGAUCGGGAUAAAUGUGGAGAAGCCGCUGGGAGUCAGUGGAGAAUGAAGAGUUCAGAAGUCGAGAGUUGAAGGCGAAGAAUCGAAUGUUAGAGAGUCGAGAAUAUGCUAGUUAAAUAGAAUGAGUUAUGAAGGGAUAUAUACUCGUAUAUGGAAGGAGCUACAGAAUAGAAUAGUAAAAGGCAAAACAAAUAUGAAUUGUACAUUUUGGAUCGUGAAGAAAAUUGCAAGUUAAUAAAAU